GCGUGGGCGGGGCCUAGCGGGAGGCGGUCUGUGGAGGGGACCGGCAGCCGGGGCGAGAGCGCGCCAGCCCCGCCGCGAUGCCCCCGCGCCCAGGACGCCUCCUGCCGCCGCUGGCCAGGCUACCGGCCCUGGCCGCGCUCCUGCUGCUGCUCGGCCCGGGCGGCGGCGGGCGCUGGAGGGCCCGGGCCCAGGAACCGGCAGCCGACGCUUCCCCCGCGGCGGACGGCGGGGCGGAGCAGGACCCGCACGCCAAGCACCUGUACACGGCCGACAUGUUCACGCACGGGAUCCAGAGCGCCGCGCACUUCGUCAUGUUCUUCGCGCCCUGGUGUGGACACUGCCAGCGACUGCAGCCAACUUGGAAUGACCUGGGAGACAAGUACAACAGUAUGGAGGAUGCCAAGGUGUACGUGGCGAAGGUGGACUGCACAGCUGACUCUGAGGUGUGCUCUGCCCAGGGUGUGCGAGGAUACCCCACCCUAAAGCUUUUUAAACCUGGCCAAGAAGCAGUGAAGUACCAGGGUCCUCGAGACUUGCAGACACUGGAAACCUGGAUGCUGCAGACAUUGAAUGAGGAGCCAGCUACACCAGAGCCAGAAGUAGAGCCACCCAGAGCCCCAGAGGUCAAGCAAGGGUUGUACGAGCUGUCAGCCGGCAACUUUGAGCUGCAUGUCGCACAAGGCAACCACUUUAUCAAGUUCUUCGCUCCGUGGUGUGGUCACUGCAAAGCUCUGGCUCCGACCUGGGAGCAGCUGGCUCUGGGCCUUGAACAUUCUGAAACUGUCAAGAUUGGCAAGGUUGACUGUACGCAGCACUAUGGACUCUGUUCUGAAAACCAGGUCCGAGGCUACCCAACUUUGCUCUGGUUUCGAGAUGGCAAGAAGGUAGAUCAGUACAAGGGAAAGCGGGACUUGGAGUCACUGAGAGACUAUGUGGAGUCACAGCUGCAGGGUCCAGAGGUGGCCCCAGAGACCAUCGAGCCUUCGGAGACCCCAGUGCUGGCUGCUGAGUCUACUGGCAACAAGGGCACUGUGCUGGCACUCACAGAAAAGAACUUCGAUGAUGCUGUUGCAGAAGGAAUAACCUUCAUCAAGUUUUAUGCUCCAUGGUGUGGCCACUGUAAGAAUCUGGCUCCUACCUGGGUGGAACUCUCAACAAAGGAAUUCCCUGGCUUAGCAGGGGUCAAGAUCGCCGAAGUCGAUUGCACUACUGAGCGGAAUAUCUGCAGCAAGUACUCGGUACGAGGCUAUCCCACAUUGUUGCUUUUCCGCGGAGGUGAAAAAGUGGGUGAGCACCAUGGCGGUAGAGACCUGGACUCCUUACACAGUUUUGUUCUGCGCCAGGCGAAGGAUGAACUAUAGAGACCCCUGUGACAGUCCCCUGCCCUGACCUCCUGCAGCUAGUGUAUAGGAACAACAUCGUAAGGAUGUCGUGGCUGUUGGGAAAGCUGACUAAACUAAACUUGUGUGUCUUCAUGUCUGCUUUUUCAGCCACUACACACUAUGGACCUUGAUCAAGUUUCUCUAAUCACAUAGCUCACGGUCACUGGGCAAACCAAAUAUUUUCAGUGGCAAUUCAUCCUGUAACUUUCUCUUGACAAAAUUAAAUUGGCUUCCUUUGAAACAAAAAUAAGUGUCAAGGAAAACCAAAUUGCUGAACUCUGCUGGCUCCUGAGAGAGUUGGAAA